CAACAUACUCUCCUUGUCUCUAUAAUCUACAGGCAGAAGAGUGUCAAGGAAGAACUUCCUUUUUACUCCCACCAUAGAUUUCCGUGUGGUGUUACAUCGCAAACACUGUGUCAUUGUUACUCCCUCCUUGCUUAUAUAAGUAGCACCAUAUCGGCUCACCAUUACCAUUCAAGCAUUUCAUCGAACACCCUUAACCUACCGCGUGAUGGCGUCCGGUUCGGUGACCUCCUCAUGGACGACGAAGCAGAACAAGAUGUUCGAGAAGGCCCUCGCGGUGUUCGACGAGGGCACGCCGGACCGCUGGCACAAGAUCGCCCGUGCCGUCGGGGGGAAGACGUCCGACGAGGUGAGGCGCCACUACGAGCUGCUCGUGGAGGACCUUCGGCGCAUUGAGAAGGGCCACUUCUCGUAUGCCGACUGCCCCUCAUCCGGCAAUAGCAGUUGGAGGAGUAAUGGAAGCAUGAAGACGUGAAUUGCUACUCCUAAGAUUUCCACUAUGAAGAACAGAUGCUGUCGAAGGACUUUCAGAAAGAUUAGAUAUCACUGAUAUUUUAGUAGCCUUCUCUUUCUGUACUCGUAUCCUCUUAAGCUGUAAACAAAAGCACUUGUAUGCAUGCAGUUUGCUGCCUUGGUGUACUUAAUAUAAGUCUGUAAUAUAUUUCUAGAAAAUUUAGGCAUGAGAGAAG